AUGCAAUCAUCCCGCCAAGCUCGCAUCGAAUCAGAGGAGAAGGCGCUGGAGACCUACCGAAAGCAGCGCUAUCAUGGCAGCGCUCGGGUACGCCUGGAUUGCCUUACUUUCGAAAAAGGCUUCAGUCAUUUAAUGGACGACGGCAGCAAUGCCAUGCGACUGGAGCGAAUUCUUGAGCUGCAAGGAUGCCUCCGCAUCAACCGAGAUUACCAUGUACCGGUUCUAGUGGAUGCUGCAGACUGGGGACACCGAAUUUCUCUGUGUCAGAUUGACG